AUGACUACUUUCUUGAAAACCUUAUUGUUGAACAGUAGGAAAACUUCGGCGUUGUGCCCUUCUUAUUUUAAUUUAUCGACAAGAUCGUUCUGCGUCAAACCACUAAGAUCAGAGGAGAGUAAUAUCCACCAAAAUGAUUUGGCGUCUAUUACUGCUCAGAAUGAUGAACUAGAUAAAUUAUACAAGACCAUAGAAUUUGAAUGUCGUAGCAACGAUCGUGCAGUAUUACGGAGUUACACUCAAUUUGCAACAAUGGCUGCAAAUGAACUAGGGAUUCAAAUCGGUAAAUGCUGGUCCCCACGUAAAGCUCACCACGAACGGUACACACUAUUACGUUCUAUUCACGUCCAUAAAAGGUGUAGAGUACAGUAUGAAGUAAGAACUUGGUUUAGAUUCAUUCAUUUCCAUAAGCUGACUGGUUCCACUGCAGAAACCUUUUUGGAGUAUGUUCAAAGAAAUUUACCGGAAGGAGUUGCACUUAAAGUAACCAAAGUACUUUUAGAAAAUAUUCCUGAAAGUGUUUCAUCGCAUAUGACUUCUGAAAUAGCUUAA